AUGGUUCUCCACCAGGCCAUCCGAGCGGCCCGGGCGGGCGACGUGGACGCCCUGCGGGAGCUGGCGACGUGUGGUCUUCUCUCGCACGCCGUGGACACUCAAGGCGCCGGACCCGCACACCACGCCGCUCGUUGCGGCCGCCUGGAGUGCCUCCGCUUUCUGGUGAGUGAGCACGGCCUGCCGGCGGACGCCCGGGCCGCCAACGGGGCCACGCCGGCUCACGACGCGGCAGCCACGGGACACGUGAGGGAGCUGAGGUGGCUGCUGGAUGAGGCGGGAUGCAACGUUGGGGACCGGGAUGCCGCCGGAGCCACGGCCCUUCACCUGGCCGCCCGCUUCGGCCGCGUGGAGGCGGUCCGCUGGCUGCUGUCCGUCGGCGGCUCGACGUUGGAAGAAGCGGAAACCGAGUGCGGCGCCGUGGCAGCUCACUACGCCGCUUUCAACGGACACCUCGGCUGCGUGGAGCUGCUCGUUGGCCACGCGCCGCGGUGCGUGAGCCGGCAGAUGUCUACAGGCGCCACACCCCUCUACUUGGCGUGCCAGGAGGGUCACGUGACCGUGGCCGAGUACCUGGUAGAGCGUUGUGGUGCAGACGUGCACGUGAGAGCGCACGACGGAAUGAGCUGCCUGCACGCCGCCGCACACAUGGGCCACGUCCACGUGGUGGCCUGGCUGUUGAGCCACACCAGCGUGGAGCCAUCCUGCCAGGACCGGGACGGUGCCACUGCGCUGCACUUUGCCGCCAGCAGGGGGCACGCUUGCGUCUUGGAGCAGCUGCUUUGUGCCGGGGCAAAGAUCCUGAAGGAUUUGUGGGGUGGGACGCCGCUGCACGAUGCUGCUGAAAACGGAGAGAUCGAGUGCUGCGAACGGCUGCUGGCCAGCCAGGCCCACCCAUCUGACAGAGAUCUGGACGGGUUCACCCCUGCCCAGCUGGCCCACUACAACGGACACCAGCAGUGCGCCAGAUACCUGCGAGCCAACCAGAAACAUGCCGCCGAACCAUCAGCGCAGGAAGACGACACAAAAACGGCCGUGACCAUCAUGGACACCUUAAAGCAACCCGAGACAGAGGAGACGGCGGCGGCGGCCAGGUACCCUCUGCCUUGCAAGAGCAUCGUCCCACACAUUGAGAAAAUCCAAACGGCUACUUCUGUGAUUAAAGGUUUACAUCAGCCAAAGAGGUCGCCACCCGACCUCCUCGCCGACAGGAAGCUCCUCGGCGACAUGAAGCCCAUUAUGUCACUCAAGCAGUCGUCCAUUUCGGGCGUUUUCACCGGACAAGCCAGCAAGAUGGUGGUGUUGCCCGCCGAGGAGGCCAACCUGGCGGACAUGGACUAUCUGGUGCCCAGCCACGACGAGAAGGGCCGGCCCAUCGCCGAGUGGAAGCGGCAGGUGAUGGUGAGGCAGCUUCAAGCUCGGCUGUUGGAUGAGGAGGACCAAAGUUGGAAGGAGAACGGCCGGAGCUUGUCCAAAGUCAACUGGCGCUACUCGCAGGCCCACAACGCCAUCCUGGGCCCGUCGGGCGAGCUCCUGACCGAGCACGACCUGGUUUACCUGGAGCAGCAGAUCGCCAGCGUGACUCUCCGCCGCCACGCCGGCGAAGGCUACGAGCUGGAGCUGGCGCGGCUGGCCGACGAGCUGCGCCACAUCCUGCCGGCGCCCAUCGUCAACAUCAGCGCCCACGCUCGCUUCGCCGACCCGGCCGGACGUCCGCCUCUGCUGCCCGGCUGGUGCGGUCGAAUCUCGGGCAUCGUCAAAAGCAUGUCUCUCCUCAUGAGCGACCUCGCCGAGCAGCCGCACUGCAAGAUGCCCGACAGCCAGCUUGCCAGUGUCUUCUCGCAGGCGCCUGACCGGCAAGCCUCCACCAGGGGGCGCCGCCAGAGAAUCGAGGACGAGAUCCAGCGCUUCGGCGUGUCGGUGAGGACGCUCAAGUCUAAUUUUGAGACGCAGGACCAGCCCGCCGAGGAGGAAGAGGUCUUCUCCGCCUUGACUCCAGAACCUGAGGAGAAGCCCCCGGGAGUGGUCGAGAACACCAGCCUCAGGAAGGAGCGCAUCGUGGUGCUCUUCCUGGGACACUGGAAGAAGUCGGCCUACGCCGUGACGCUCAAGAGCAAAGAGGCGGCCGAGAGGAAGAAGAGCAUCGAGGAGAGCAGUCGGGACAAGAUGAUGAACAGCUCCUUGGGCCACUUUUUUAAGCAGAGGAGCGCUGUCAACAAGAUGCUGGGCAACUGGAGGAGGAUGAUCUCCAGCGUGCCUUCGCGACAAAUACGACGGCUCCACAGACAGCAGACCCUCUACUCCCCGGAGCAGUUCCUCCCACGGAUGGACGGCGUGGCGAUGGAGUACGACAAGCUGACCCUGGACCUUUUCAUGCUGGGCUACUUCCACAUCCUGGAGCUGGACUUGCCGGUGGAUGAGCGCAAGAUGAGGCACCUGUUGUGCUUCGAGGUCUUUGACCACGUAGGCAGCUUCCCUUGGGAGCUGGUGCGCGACUUCCACAAGGCUGUCAUCCAGGACAUCGAGGCCGGCGACCGCGAGUGGAAGGACGGCUUCGAAGAUCUUAAGCUCAAGUUUUUCGGGGAGGCGACAGCCAGGUCCGAGGAGGGCAAAGCGGAGGCGGAGACUAAAGCGGAGACGCGCCAGCUUCCGGAGAUUCGACCGCUCCCGAAAGUCAUCGUGCAGACCCCCACCCCGGAUGAGAACUCGCUCCACGCCGGGACCGACAUCUCCUCUUUCAGCAACGAGGAGAUAUGCCAAUACAUCGACCGGAGCUUUGCCUUUUGGAAGGAGAAGGAGGCGGAAAUUUUCGAUUUUGAGUAGUUGCUUGAGCUUUUGUAAUUCACACAAUACAUUCCAUCUAGAAUCGUAGCCAUCUUUCUCGAGGGCGUCAACCAAACUGAGGUAUUGCGAAACUCCCGACGGGUGAUCAAUUCCAGAGCCACCAGCAACUUUUCUCUUCCAAAACACAAACACAAGGCAUAUAGAAUAUUCUGAACCCACAAGUGACAAGUGCUACGAUCGGAGUUAGUGAAAAUCUUCUAAAAAAUGCCUAAUUGUGAGAUUCAAACCAAAAUGGUCAUGUCAUUCCUUAUUGAUACCACCAGAUGGCGCCAAAUAAUUUUUUAUACAUUAAACAUGGGUUUGGGCUUUUCGCUUUCUAUGUUGCAAUGAAAAAGCUUUUUGUUAUUGAACCUGAUCUAGAAGCUUGUGUGCUUACACUUCAUUUAGCAGAUUGUUUUUCAUGGUGAGAGGAAAUAAAUGAAUCAAAGUUCACAUAA